AUGACAAACGAUUAUGGUGCUCUUUAUUUUGACUCUCUAGUUGACCUAGAGCUAUGGUUUAAUGAAUACAAUCUCAAAAAGUCUUUAAGCAUUAAGGAUCAGGCAAACGUUUCGAGAGAACCCCUAAAUAAUUAUAUUAAAACACGUUCGAGUUCUACUCGAACUAGUCAGUUUCGUGGAGAGACUUCUCGUCCCAUUGUCACUGUUUGUCAUGAUAUGAAAGGAGGUUAUAAUCCUAUGGAAGAUAGCCUUGUGUUUGGAGACUAUCGUCAUCCAACAGGACAUCAUUAUUGGUUGCGCUGGCCGGAACUUGUUGAUGAAUUUAUAUAUUUCUCACACCAUUUUGUGACCAUACCACCUGUUGGAUGGUUGAACUAUUUGCAUAGAUUUGGAAUCCCUGUACUUGGGACAUUGAUUUUGGAGGAACUUGAUGAUGGCUACUCUGAUAGCAGAAUAUUCCAACGCGAUAAAGAUGGCGAUUUUACGCUGGUGAAGAUUCUAACAAAUUUAUGUCAACUAUUCCAGUUUGAAGGAUGGCUGUUAAAUUUUGAAACCAGAUUUUUAGGUGGUUCGAGCGGAGUUGUAGACUUCGUUAGGUCCUUGCAGAACAGCUUAAAACUAAAUGUAAAAGAUGGUCGUUUAAUUUGGUAUGAUUCGUACAUUACUAAGUGUAACAAAGCUCUUUAUCAAAAUGAAGUUAAUGAUUAUAACUGGGAGUUCUUUAACGUAUCUGAUAGGUUUUUUACCAAUUAUUCGUGGGAUGUUGAAAAUGUUAAAAACACUGUAUCAAAUGUUGGAAAGAUAUCUAUGAGAAAUAAAAUAAUAUGGGGAAUUGACGUUUGGGGGAGAAAUAUGAAAGUUGGAUCUGGGGGUCUCACUUCCGAAAUACCAGCUAAAAUAGUUAGCAGCUUCAGCAGUAACAUCGGUUUGUUUGCGCCAGCAUGGACAUAUGAAAACUUCCAGUACGAUGAUUUCCUGAAUAUGGAUGACGAGUUUUGGGGCAAAAUUUCGAGUUCAGCCAUGAAACCAGCCUCGAAUCCAGCAGAAAGUAACUCUGUCCCGUGGUAUGUUGGUGCAGAUAGCGUUUCAUUUUUAACAGUAUUUUCGCAUGGAGCAGGUACCUUCUUUAACUUUAAUGGAAAAAGUAUUUCCCUUAAAAAUUGGGUUCAGCUAUCAAUGGCAACACCAAUGCCUAAAAAGAGCAAGUUUAUCAGAAUCAAUGACUUAGACGCUUUUUUUGGCGGCAGUUGUGUCUCUAUUAAUAUCCCUAAGUUCCAAACUGAAACUGUCCCCAUAUUCGAUUUUAACCAAUGUUUCAAAGCUGGGGUUGUCGACAAUUAUAGAUUAAAGGUUCGAGUCUGUUACAAAGGUGUAAGUAGAGGUAUUCUCCCUUUCCUAACAAUUAAAUGUUCUAUCGUAAGACGCGCCAAAAAGUCCAGCCAGGGUAUUAAGGUUAAAGACCUAACUGUGCGAGCACCGCUUUAUUCUGCUCACUCCUGGGAAUAUGCGGAAGCAGCUAUUGAUAUACCUAAACUAUCUGUUUCAUUUAACGAGGAAUUACAUAUUGAAUCUUGCGAAUUAGCUUGGUGUAUGGAAACCUUUGAAGUCACGGAACUGGGCGAAGAGCCUUGGCUCAUAGUUCCAGAUGAUGACGAGAAAAGUCAUUGUGGUGCUGACGCAGCAGCUAUUGCCCAUCGUAAGAGCGAUGUUACACUUGGUCUUUUUUCAAUUGAAAUAGCCAAAUUUGAUGAUAUUACCUACCAAAAUAAGAUGAAAGCUUAUUUUACAUCUGAAAAUGGUAUUUUAAGUUGGCCAAAUUCCGAAGAUGCUUUUAUGUGGAUUAUAUUGGAAGGCGGUCAUUUUAAGGGCGUCUCUUUUGUGAAUUUUUGGCCGAUUACUUUUUCUGAAGAUAUUCAGCUAUUCAAGAUACAACGUAAUGGAAAAAUUAUGGAGAUGAGCCAAUAG